CGCUCGCCGGCCUGUGCUGCCGCUGCGCACUGGAGGGAAGGGGCCCGGGCUGCCGCCGCCUGCGGGGAGGAGGCAGAGGAGAAGCUCCUCCUGCCCAGCCAGCCCCUUCAGACCCGCGGUGCUGGCAGCCCGGCCGCUUCGCUUCCCCCGGCUCCCCGCCGCACGGAGAGAGACGCGCGGUCGCGCCUGGUGCAGAGCCGCAGCCGCCUCGCGUCUCCCGGGAGAAUGCCAUCCAGUGGAACUGUUUCGAGUGGUGCGAGGCUUGUAAUGAGUGCCAGACUGUGAUGAAAUGGAGGAGUUCUUGGCUCCCCACUGUGAUGUGUUUGCCAAGCACUUUGCAGCUAUAAUGUUUGCCUUCUCCUCCUCCAGAAGAUUUUAAGCAUUGAGAUUCAGGAGAAGGAUGCCAUCUGAGAGGUGCCUCAGUAUUCAAGAAAUGCUGACAGGUCAGAGGCUUUGCCAAUCUAGUUCACAUAAUGAUGCUGUCUUGGCAGCCCUGAACCAACAAAGAAGUGAUGGUAUACUCUGUGAUGUCACCCUCAUUGCAGAAGAACAGAAAUUCCAUGCUCAUAAAGCAGUACUUGCAGCAUGCAGUGAUUAUUUCCGAGCAAUGUUCAGUCUCUGUAUGGUUGAAAGUGGAGCUGAUGAGGUGAAUUUGCAUGGUGUCACAAGCCUAGGUUUAAAGCAGGCCCUGGACUUUGCAUACACUGGACAGAUUCUGUUGGAGCCAGGAGUGAUCCAGGAUGUGCUAGCAGCUGGUAGUCACCUGCAGUUGUUGGAGCUCCUUAGUUUAUGUUCUCACUAUCUCAUUCAGGAAUUGAAUAGCUUUAAUUACUUGGACCUGUAUAAGCUUGCUGAUCUCUUUAACCUCACUUUGCUGGAGAAAGCAGUGGUUGACUUCUUAGUUAAACACCUCUCUGAACUGUUGAAGGGUCACCCGGAGGAAGUCUUAGCUCUCCCAUACUGUCUCCUUCGAGAGGUCCUGAAGAGCGAUCGACUCACUUCCCUUAGUGAAGAGCAAAUCUGGCAGCUAGCCGUGAGGUGGUUGGAACACAACUGUCGUUAUCAGUACAUGGAUGAACUUCUCCAGUAUGUCCGCUUUGGCCUUAUGGAUGUGGAUACACUACAUACUGUAGCCCUUUCUCAUCCUCUUGUCCAAGCUAGUGAAACUGUAACAGCACUUAUUAAUGAGGCCUUGACGUACCACCAGAGCGUCUAUGCACAGCCAGUUUGGCAGACCAGACGUACCAAACCUCGCUUCCAGUCAGACACUCUUUACAUUAUUGGCGGGAAGAAACGUGAGAUCUGUAAAGUAAAAGAACUCCGAUACUUCAAUCCAGUCGAUCAGGAGAAUGUUCACAUAGCAGGGAUUGCAAACUGGAGUGAACUAGCUCCCAUGUCUGUUGGGAGAAGUCACCACUGCGUAGCUGUCCUGGGAGACUUUCUGUUUGUAGCUGGUGGAGAAGUUGAGCAUGCCACAGGGCGUACUUGCGCAGUAAGGACUGCCUGUCGGUAUGACCCCCGUAGUAACUCUUGGGCCGAGAUAGCUUCAAUGAAGAACUGCCGGGAACAUUUUGUAUUGGGAGCUGUUGAUGAGAACCUCUAUGCAGUAGGGGGAAGAAAUGAACUGCGUCAAGUUUUGCCUACAGUCGAGCGGUAUUGUCCCAAGAAGAACAAGUGGACCUUUGUUCAGUCCUUUGACAGAUCCCUUUCAUGUCAUGCUGGAUCUGUGGUGGACGGACUUCUUUGGAUAUCAGGAGGAGUAACAAAUACUGCACAAUACCAGAACAGGCUAAUGGUCUAUGAUCCUAAGCAGAAUAAGUGGCUAAGCCGAAGCCCCAUGUUACAGAGGAGAGUGUACCAUUCCAUGGCUGCUGUCCAAAGGAGGCUUUAUGUUUUAGGCGGGAACGAUUUGGACUACAAUAAUGAUCGGAUUCUUGUACGCCACAUAGACUCUUACAGCGUAGACACUGACCAGUGGACGCGCUGCAGUUUCAACAUGUUGACAGGUCAGAAUGAGUCUGGUGUUGCUGUCCACAAUGGAAGAAUAUAUUUAGUUGGCGGCUAUUCUAUUUGGACAAACGAGCCUUUGGCAUGUAUCCAGGUGCUGGAUGUUAGCAAGGAAGGGAAAGAAGAAGUAUUUUAUGGGCCUACACUUCCUUUUGCUUCCAAUGGAAUAGCAGCAUGCUUCCUUCCAGCUCCCUAUUUCACAUGCCCCAACCUCCAGACUUUACAAGUGCCUCACCAUAGGAUUGGCACUAUGUGAGAAAAGAAGAAUGCACCGGUUAUAGAAGCAAAAGGAAGAGAGGGAAUGCAGCAUACAGCAAUUUCACAUUUGGAUUUAUUAAGCAUGAACUGCUUCGUUAUCUUCUACACAUUUGUCUUAAAGUCAAUAACAGGCAAAAAAAUAUAUAUUUUUUUCCACAAGAGGCUCCACCCCACAAUAUCUGCAGUUUCUCUCUGGUGCAAAUUAGGAACAUACACUUCAUGCCAACUUGUUUACCACUUUCUCUGGGUGGCAACUUGUGUAAGGAACUUAAAUAGAGGUGGGUAACAUCUUUGAAAGGUAUUGUGAGUGCAUUCAGCAUUGUGCCUGGCUUAUUAUUCUUUGCCCAUUAAAUGGAUUGCCAGUGGUACUGUUCAAAGACCAUAUAAUACAAUGAUUAUAAGCUUAAAAAGGACAAUAUUCUAUUAUGCUAAAUUAUGCAACUUCCUAGGUACCUGUGGCAAAAAGGAUAAAUGCAUUGACCUUUAGUUUCCAUCUUCAUCAGCACUAAAGCUUAUCAUUUAACAAAUCUUUGUUGGCAAUUUAGAGUGUGUGAAGCAUAAUAAAGCAGAAAACAACCAGAAAAAAAUUCUCUAAAUAUAUUAUUGACAUAUUCAACUGAUAUUUUGCAUCUCACCUGAAAUACAGAAGGACUGAGGUAUCAGUAGCUACUGUUAGAGAUGACAAUGUGUAGAUGACUACAUGAUUAACUGAUAAGCCUGGGCGUAUUGGUUAAUCUUGUUGACUACUUGCAUUCCCUCCUUGCUGCCUCUGUAUCAUGGGGGCGGAGGGAGCAGGAGCCUGGUGCCCGCAAGGAGCUGGCUUAAAAGCCGGUUCCCCAGGAGCACUGGAUCCACCUACCCCCACCCUUGCACUAUUGCCUCUCAGAAGGGAGGAUGAGGUGGGCUGAUGGGAGCUGACAUACACGGGAAUCUGGCUUUCGAGCAGGCUUCCUGCAUGUGCAGGCAGCAGUGGUGGGGGGAGGCAGCAGGAGACAGUGCUGAGGGGAGCUGGCUUAAAAAGCUGGCUUAAAAAGCUGCAACUCUGCUGUGCUGUCUGCCCCCACCCUCCUCUGCACACUUAGGGGGCAGGUAAGGGGAGGCUGCCACAAAGCAGUUUUUAAAGUGUCUCCCCUUGUGGACCAGCUCCCUCCUGCUACUCUGCGUUGCUACCUCUGAUAGAGAGGCAGCAGUGUGGGAUGGCUGAGUGAUCCCCAGGAGUGGGGCCCUGGGGACCAUUGAAUAGUAAUGUAACCACUAACAUUUCAUGCCAGUUACGUGACUGUUCAAUUACCCACUAAGAUCCCUAGCUAUUACUGUGCAACACUAUACUGAGCCUGCUUGUCAACGAAAUGAAAGAUCAGUGUCUAUGUUGUUUAAGAGAGUCUACUUUAAAAUGUUAUCUUCUAUCAGACUAUCAAUUCUUCCUGACACCUACAAUCUUUUAAUGGUUGGAAUAACCUCUUUACUAUAUAAUUAAAAUACCAUGUACUUAAUAUUUUAAUAACCAUUUUGUAAAGAGUUACCAUAUUUCGAGUUCUCAGUGAACAGUCUCAUCUUGUCCAACAUAUGGUAACACAAAUCUCUGGCCUCUGGAGGGUAACCUGCUGUAUAACAGUCAAUAUUUUACUCCUUCGAUUUAUAUAGGGUCUCCAUGCAAUACUCCAGGCAUAUGUAAAGUUUAUAAUAAUAAAACCAAACUAUUAUAGUCUGAUUUUUUUUCUGGCCAUUGUAACCCCUGCCCUUUUUGAUGCUUUUGCCAUUUAUUUGCAUACGUUUUGUAAAUCUUAACCAAGAAUACUAUUAAAUGUCUCGAUUGAUGGCCUAUGGAUAAAUGCACUUUGCUGAUCUUUGUCCUUGUAGGGUUGCACCAUCAUAAUAUUUGUGCUGAUCUCAUUACCCAGAAUUCCUGUUGCUAUUUGUGGUUAUUUCAAGUCCAGAAUACACAGUACAAUUUUUGGAGACCAGCGUUUUGUUCUUAGUCUAAUUUGAUUAUACAGAUAGCAACUCUUUUUAGGGUUAAGUUAAUAAUAAAAGGAAGCUCCAGUUAUUCCAUCUGAUUCUCCUUCUUGGAGUUGUCCUUAGGAAACUUCCCCUUUUCUUUUUCAACAACAUCAGAAUAGAUUUUGUAUCAAAAAUAUUUUAUCAAUUAGCCUUGACAGCUUAAGGUAGAAAAGUUCCAAAUGCAUAUUUGUCACCUGAAAUAAUUAUCUGAGCACUGUCAAUUUUUUUUUCUUUCCAUGAACACUCCACUAUAAAAAAAAAUUAGAUCAAGGUAUUAGACCCAAGUCAUGAGAGCAAAGGUCUAAGAGUCAGGGCCCCCAGAUUUGCACAUGCAAAUGUCAUCAACUUCAAGGCUGGUUUUCCCCAUCUGUAAAAUGUUCAUAUAAUACUACUCAAUUCCCAGGUUCUAGAGGAGCUUUUUAAAGUUUGUAAAGCACUGAAAUAUCUUCAGGCAACUGCUCCCAAGCUAUUUUUUGCAUUUACACAUCUAGUUUUCUUGCUUUGGUAUUUUAAUUUCUAUAAAGUCCACAAGUUGCCCAUACGGUUGGCUAACCAUUGCUGUGACACUAUAUUUAAAGAGUUUCUUUUGGAAGGACAGAGGCUUCUAUUUAUCCGUCUGUUUACCCAUAGCAGCAGGCUGUGUUGAAAGCUUCCAAAUCUUGGAGAGUUCAACAACUGACAGGUUGGGGAGUGAAUAGCAAGAAAAAGUUAUUUAUCAUAUUUGCUCUGGGCUUUUGACACUUUUACUGUUCUGGUUGUUAUCAAUUGUGUCUCCUGGUGAAAGAGCAGUUUUAAAUAGCUGUGCAACUGCAUAAAAUUACUUUUAGGGUUCCACAGCAGAGAGCCUGUUGACAGUGCACGUGCUUCCAUUAGUAUCAGGCUUCUGCUUCUGCUCCUGCUCCUAAUCAUCAGACUCCAGCAAUCACAGACAUCUCUCCUGUUGGCCACUUACCUUCUGCAUGCUGUGCUAUGCUAUUUGCAGCUUUAGUUACAGAACAUGCAGACUCGUACCUUCCUCCAAGAGGGAGAAGGAAUAUUCCUUUUUGGUGCCUAACAGAGUGCUAUUUCAGUUUUUACAAGUAAGAACAUGCAAAGUGUCUCUCCCUAGUGUCAGUGGGGUAUAUACAGUAUUCUUCACUCCUGGGUUGGUUUGGAGAAGGUACUGGUAGUUUUAACUAACAGCUUGGGUUCUGUAGGAAUCCUAUGGGGAGAGGCUGAAUCAUGUCUCCAGCUAGUGCCACCCAUUUCUGAGGCUGGCCAGGCUGCAGGCUAAUGCCUGUUAGUGGGUGCCUUCCCUAGGCCCAGUCUUCACUCUGUGCAGAGCUUCCAGUGGGGGUGAAAUGUACUAAUCUUCUGCCAACGCAAAUCUUGGAGUGAAUCAAAUCCACUAUUUGUUCCUGCCAACUCAUUGUUUUGACACGGGCCACAAGACAAGUCCAGCUGCUAUUUUUUGACAGAGCCUUAAGUUGUCACUUUACAUUUGGAGCAGAAAAGGAACAGAAUGCUUUCCGCAUGGCCAGUCUACUCCAGGAGUGAAAAGAGAACACUAGGAAAGAUGAUAGCAAUAUAAUUCGUGCUUGGGCUUCCAACUGGAGAAGAGUGUGGGUUAAUGUUCCAGCUCUCAAACAAUAACAGCUCACUCCAGCCGUGUCACCAUCUUACUAAGGGAAGAUAGAGGUAAGAGAGAAUAAUUCAGUAUUGGGUCUAUGACCUGUCGGGAUAGAGACCAUAUGGAUAUUCAUCCUUUGCUUACAUUUAUUGGCUAAACCUACUAACGUCUGCAAGUAGAUCUUUGACUAUUCUUAAACCUCUCAAGAUUGUGUGGUUCAAGUACUUAGAUAUCUCUCCUGUGAUCUAUUUUUUUUUUUAGGUUCCACUGUGGUGGGGCAUGCUCUCUGGCCCCCUCCGGUCUGGGCCAAUAAGCCCCGUACCAAUAAACACAGUUUUAGACUGGCCCUUUAAGGCGAGUCCCGCGGGCCAGAGUCAAUAAGCAGAGUCGUCACAAACCCAGUUUAAGGACGGCCCCUUAAGGCAAGGCCUGCAGCGGCAGAUCACAGGUACAGCGGGGCCGCACUCUUGGUAGGGGGACCUGGGCCCACCCUAUUCCACUGGGUCCUGGCCCAGGGCUCCGAGUGUGGCCGGAUGGCAUGCCAUUCCCUCGGCGGGGAAGUCCUACCAAAACGUGCCGAGGUUCCCAGAGGGGGGAGAGGCGGCUCCCACUCCUGUCCCGGGCCACUUCCUACCUGGUUUGAUAGGGUCACUUCCCUUGUACUUGCUAGGUUCUCAACCUUCAUGGAGGCACGUCUCCUCGGCAGGCAGCCUCAGUGAUGCCCCCCUAGCCUCAGGGUCUCUGGGGGCUUCCUCUGAGGUCGCUGCAGGUCAGGAGCUUCCCUUGGAGGUCCUUCUCCUCCAGCUGCCAACCCAGACUGAGCCCUUCCCCAGGCUUUUAUAGCUGAGCUGCAGCCUGGGCAUGCCUAGUAGGGUUGCGGGAGAAGGGCCUCUGCAGCUUGCUAACCCUGGCUGGGCCCUGUACCUUCCAUGCGGGGCUGCUUGGCCCCAUCACAUCCACCCAUAAAGAGUAAUAUUUGCCUUUUUAUAUAGUACAUUUCAUCCCAAAGGAUAUAGAGGUGCUUUAUCACUUGUACAUAUAGGCACCACAUUACCAGUCACUGAAAUUCAGCCAUCUUGUGUGACCCUAACAAAAUGCUAAGACACUGAUCUGUCACUGAUGAAAAAGCAAAGAUAACAUGUUUACUUUCCUAGCAUCUUCAUUUUCCCUUGGGAAUUUCACAUCCAAGCACUGACCAAAGAAAUAGUGAGAUGUUAUGGCUCAGUUGUCAAUAUGACGAAAAUGUUGUAGAAUAUGUAUGUUUAAAAAAAAUGCAUUUAUCUAUUGUAUACGAUAUAGUCAUGACUUACUACUUUUUGGGUAGAGUCCCUGGACCUGAGACAUAAUUACAAAAGUUUGUACUGUUUUGCCUUUAGGUUUUCCUAGGACCAUCAUAACCCUGCCCCCCAUAUAUAAAUUUGGUACAUCAGUUGCAGAAUCAGGAAGAAAUAGAUAAUUGAAUGUUCACAGGAGCAGAAACAACAUAGGCAGAAUGCGGAACAAGUGCGAAAAAAGGCGGCAUCUGUUUACUGAAAAUUAGAAUGUAGAAUAAAUUAGGAGGGCAAGGUUAAAAUACUUCCUCUGCAGUCAGAAUUUGCAGGGAAGGAAGUCCUUGGUAAGUGGUUUAAGAAUGUAGAUUAUGUAAAGAGAUAAUAUUUGUUUCGGGGAAAAAAAUUUUUUUUUCAAAAUAAUUUGGGAAAAGGCAAGAAUACAGUGGUAUUUUCAACAGUGAUUAUCUUGUUAUAAUACAAAUCUACAGUGAUUUUUCUAUGCUAGUACUAAAAAAGUAACAAUAUAUGAAGAAAUCUAGAUGUCUUUGACUGGCAAUGUUCCUGCAGAAGGUAUUAUUUAACAUCACCACUAAUAUGUAACUUCCAUCUUCUAUAUGCAUGUCCACCUCUCUCCUAUAUUUCCUUAAUGAAUUUAAAUUGCUUAUAUUUUCAAUUUACCGAAUGUUUUGCCUUCAGUCAGUUUGAAUAUUUUCUAAUGUGUACCUUUAAUACGCAUCUGUGUAAAUAAUACCAACUGUGAAACAAAAGCCUACAGUAUGGCAGUCUAAUUUAUAGCACUAGCUCUGCCAAGCUUUGAUAAUGUUCACAGAAAUCAUCAUGAGGGCUAAGUUGAUAAUUUUAUAUUAACUUUUUUACCAAAAGAGACAGAAGAGGGAAAUCAAUUUACAACUGAUAAAUAUGGGGUAUUCAGUUGGCACUAGGAUACAUCAAUGUCCUGUUGUCAGAGGUAAGUUUUUCGAGACUGUAGGGCUUAACAAGUUGGUCUAGAAAAGUCAGUGAAUUUUGGCCCCAAUGCUGUAAGCUCAUUGCUGUGGGCAGACUUCUAUAUAUGUCAGAAGACUAUGUAGAUCAAGUUACAGAAUUAGAGUAUUUGAGUAAACUGUUGCCUUUCACUGUUGCGGAGGCUCACAUGAACUCUCAAAAGGUUUUAUUUAAGUAGCUCACAGAAGUUUGAGACAAAAGUAACUUUCUAACCAUUCAUACCUCCGUGUAUUCUAAAAAAACAAAAAACAAAAACAAAAAAAAACAGAAUAUAACUGUGCUCUGACAUGUUGACAUAGCUGCAGGUUAUCAUCUUCAGUAUAUUUUCAUAACCAUUACUAACAAGACUGAUUACAUCCGUUUAAAUACAGUAGCAGCUAAAAUGAUUUAAAAAAUUGUGUUGAAAUGAAGUUCCUAAAAAAACUGCUCAGCAUACCUCAUUUUCAGAAGCUAUAGAGGGGGAAAAAGAGUACUGCAGUAAUGCUUAUUAUCCAUUUCUUGAGAGAAAUUGGCAGUGUCAUUUAAAUGGACAGUUAUGGAAGUUUUUAUAAGUGAUAUGUAAGUAGUGUGUGUUACUGUAAGCUCAUAAUCUGUAUAAUUACACCAAAUUCUGUACAGAUCCUUAUUCUUUGCAUAUGUGAACAGCUUUAUUCCAUUAUAAAAGAGUAAAAUUAUCUUAUGAGCUACUUCAUUUUGGGAAAUGCCUCCUUGCUUCAUUUUUUGUCAGUGAAAAUGGAACCAAAACAUAAUAUCCUGUUUUUGCUUCCCAUUAACAAUACAAAAAUGUAAAAUUCUUACAAAAUAUAUGUACAUUUCCAUGGGAAUAAUGGAAAUUAAAGUGAAUUUUUAACAAUGCUUUUUCCCCCUUUCUUAUUUUAGGUAGUCAUUUUAAGGUUAAACCCCACCCUGCAGUUUUUUGCAUUGUGUUAGAACGUUCUAUAGUAAAGUGUGAGGGAGCAGAGAUCAUCACUAUCCUGAAUUUUGUAGCAGAGGAAAUGUAUAAAAAAGCAUUUUGUUAUUACGUUAUCAGUGCUGUGUGUCUCACUGAGGGUAGCCUGCCUCAUGUACACAGUGACAGCAGUGAAACAGAGUAGAAAGAUGUACAAAUGAAGCAUUAGUUGCACUGACAAAAACACUCCUGCUGAUGUAUUUUAUGUGGUUGGGGGUAGAAGAAUGACAUUUAAUGAACCACUGCAGUAGUUCUGAAAACUUAUUUAAUAUUUGAUCAAAAUACCACGAAUACUGCAGUCAUGUGAUUCAUCAUCAUUCCCAGAGAUGAUUGUCAUAAAUCUCUUAGGUUUGUCCAGCACAAUUUAUGAAUAUGUGAGCUGGUGACUUUCUAAGUAUUUAAGUCUUUUUGAAUUCCACUAGCAUUUCUUGCUACAGCUUUAUUCUUCCUGAUUAUGUAUGUAAGUCAGAAAUGCUAUAAAAUGCUCAAGCCUCCGAGCAGUAUUACUUUAACAAUGUACUGCAAAACACUGACCAUUUUGUGACCAUUUUUUGGAGAAGUACUCCAUUUAUAUACAAACGAGGACUCCACAGGAAAAACCUGCAAAGGGCCGAAUCACAAGGAUUGAACAAAGCUGGCAUAAAAAGAUUUAGUACUCCAUGAGGCUGAACAGAAUCUUCAGUCUCUUGCAGGCACGAUGCCCGUAGAACAAAGUAAAACUCUUGCUGCUGUAAGUGGGGAAGGAGAGGAAAAUGUGGCCCAUUGCUACCCUUGCUUAGGGUUGCUCAGAUGAUCCACAAAAUGCAAAAUCAGUUGGGCAAAUGUAGGCUAGCCCAAAAUCCCCUCGCUGAAGAGACUUUCCUGAGAUCUUCCCCAUAGAACAGGAAAGGCUUUCCCCCUUGUCUGGAAUCUUCUGUGCAAAUGGCCCUAUAUUUAGCAGAUUUGCAGGUUUUGAACCUUCUGUAGGUAUAGAAUGCCUCCCAUUCUACUAUUUGAUUGUAGUACCUUAUCAAUGAAUAUUUUAUUUAAAAUGAAGUACUUUAGCUUUUAAAGUAUUCAAAUGUGGUGUUCAUAUUAAAGGAAAUUUAAGAGUUGAAUACUCUGGGUAUACACAUGCAAUAUUCAGGGUCUUUA